AAGUCAUCGGAAGGAGCACAUCACCCUCCAGCGACAACCCGCAUAGCAUGUGUGUCGCCGGCCUGAACGUCUCGACACAACCGUGUGCGCAUCGCUGGUACGAACUCAUUCGACCUUGCAACCCGGCCAACAAUCUUCAGAAUUGUCCAGAGCGAGUCAAGUUGGAAGGCUGGGAGAAGCGUAACGACCGUUGCCCAUUCUGCGACGGCAGCAACCACCAUCGAUCGACACAUCGACUUUUCGGAAGCACAUCUUCCGCCAGUUCGGUCGUAUCCUCACCGACCAUUCCUGAUAUGGGCUUCAUCAGUCUCGCCGGACGACGAGAAAGCGGCGCAACUUUGAAUGGCACUCUCAGCCCACUAUCAACAACGAGCAGCAUCGACGAAAUGGACGCUGUGGAACUCGAACGAGCGACACGAGCUAGAGACAUGAAUGACCGAUUACACGUCUACUUGUCAUGCGAUCCACACGAAGUGCUACCUUCUGCGAAGAAGAACUACCCAACCUACGCCACUGCCAUACAGCGAGCUGAAGAAGCCGCCGCCAACUCAUCGGAUGGCCCUUCUUCGAGGAAAUCAUCUUUGAUACGACGCCAGUCUCUCACACGUGGCUGGAAACGCAUGUCGCACCGCUUCAGCUUCAGCUCAUUCUCGGACCUCAGGAUUUUCGAACGACAGGACUCGUGAUGAAGGUGAGAGAAUCAUCUCGAUCCCCCAAAAGUAUCAUCAUCACUAUCAUCUUGGCAACUGCAACUCGUGGCGUGUAGC